AUGCAUAAUUUAAAGAUGCACAGUCCAGAGAUGCACAGCCCAGAGAUGCACAGCCCAGAGAUGCACAGCCCAGAGCUGCACAGCCCAGAGCUGCACAGCCCAGAGAUGCACAGCCCAGAGAUGCACAGCCCAGAGAUGCACGGCCCAGAGCCACACAGCCCAGAGAUGCACGGCCCAGAGAUGCACAGCGCAGAGAUGCACAGCCCAGAGAUGCACAGCCCAGAGAUGCACGGCCCAGAGCCACACAGCCCAGAGAUGCACAGCCCAGAGAUGCACAGCCCAGAGAUGCACAGCCCAGAGCCACACAGCCCAGAGCCACACAGCCCAGAGAUGCACAGCCCAGAGCUGCACAGCCCAGAGAUGCACAGCCCAGAGCCACACAGCCCAGAGCCGCACAGCCCAGAGCUGCACAGCCCAGAGCCACACAGCCCAGAGCUGCACAGCCCAGAGCCACACAGCCCAGAGCUGCACAGCCCAGAGCCACACAGCCCAGAGAUGCACAGCCCAGAGAUGCACGGCCCAGAGACGCGCGGCCCAGAGACGCGCGGCCCAGAAAUGCACAGUUCCUUUUCAGACAGCUAA